AAAGUAGACAAUGAAUGAUUAGGGAUAGCGAAUGAAGAAGGUGGAAGAUGAUGUUAACUUCGGAUUGGCGCGAAAUAAGAUAAAAAAGCUUGUUCUUCAGAGAAGAAAGUGUUUAUGAUUGGACAAAGAAAGAAAGAAGCAAAGCCUAUCCACUUCUCAUCUUCUCUAUUACCAACAAACCUUCCCCUUCUCUGUCGGUUCCUCCUUUUCUAUUAUUUUUAAUUCCAGAUAAUAAAAAGAAAAUCUUUUUUUGCUUAAAGAGCUCAAACCGAAACCCAUUUCAAGAUUUCAUCCUCCGGAGUGUUUCAACGAAGCUUGGGUACAUAAGUCUGAUAUGAGAGGUUUCGUCAUAACUUGUCUUCUAAGGUAAGUUUCCUCACCUGUGGCGUAGAUUGCAUCAUCAAUCCAUGGACGUUGAAGAAAAGAGGGUUUCAUCUGGUUAUGCCAAGCCUCCAUGGAUAUUCAAAGGAAGUGCGUUGUACCAGAUUCAUCUUGUGAAGGCUGCGACUGCUCGAGCAUUCAUCCCCAAGGAGUUUCGACUAGUUGAAGCUUUUGGAUACACUCUUGGCGGUUUCUUCCUUGCUAGCUACGAUGAUAGCCCCGCUGGUGUCUUUGAUGAGCUUGUAGUAAUUGCAGGGAUUGUAUGGAACCCUCCUACAUCAUGCGCAUGGGCCGCGAGGGUACUUGUGAACAGCGAUGAGGCUUGUCAUCACGGACGCAAGGAAGUAGGACUCCCAAGCCAAGUUGCAAGAUUUUCAAAAAACAUUACUGCAGUCCCAAAACAAAAAAGGGACAGAGCUUUUGGUUUCUUGGACACAUUUGGUUUGGGAACUACUCUGUCUCAUCCUGAGAAUUUGAUGGAGGUUAAGGUUAGUGAAGUUGAUAGUGCUGCUUCUACUGAUAUCUGCAACAUCCAAAUUAGAUCAGACGAGACCAAAGUUGGAAACUGGAUGGGACCUGCAAUCAAAAUGGCUCUCCCAAGUUUUAGUGGCAAUACAAUUUACAACUCAAACUUGCUCAAGUACUCAUGCCAUCUCCACUGCAGGGUGAGGCCGGUGAGACCUGCGGUUGUAUCAGGGGCUUUGGAAGAUGAGACAGAGAAGUUUACAGAACAGAAUCACACAUCACAAGAGUCACUUGAAAAUGAAAGGCAGCUAAGCAAAGCCGUGAUGCUAUCGAAACCAAUCAUAGCUCUUCAAUUCAAAUGCUUAACAAUGCAAGUAGAAGCUCCUGUUGUAAUUUACCCUUCAAAGUAAACACAACACUCAAAUUCCAAGAACAUACAGCUUCCUUCCUAAAAGGUCAAGAGAUCAUGGUACAAUAUCAGAAUUCUUCAGGAAGAGGAUGGCCGUCCAAGAACGCCUUGAACAGGACAAGUGAUCUCUCAGGCUGUGAGAAUGGGACCUCGUGUGAAGCUCCUCGCACUGUUGCAAAGGACAAGACAUUUCCAUAGACUUGAGUCCAUCCUCCAACCUGAGACACCAAACACAAUGUGUUAGUUUUGUUUUCAUUUUUUCUUUUUUUGUACCAUUAGAGAAUGUUGCUUGUUUACCUGUUGGCCUGCA